AUGUUUCAAGCCAUGAGGAGGUGUGAGGAUCAGAUAGGCAGACGGACAGACGGCAGGACGGAUACACGGGUGGGGGCUGUGCUCGGCGGCUCGGCGGCAGGCUGGUGGAAGAUGUCGUCAGGAGCCGGCGGGAGAGGAGGCAGGCGGCUCCGGGGAAUAGCGAGCGGCGGGGGAGGGAGAGGAGGAGCAGGAGAGGCAGAGGAAGGCCCCGUGGGCAUCCCUUUCCCUGAACACAGCGCAGACGUCCUGGGCAGCCUCAACAAGCAGCGGCUCAGUGGACUGCUGUGCGACGUCCUCCUGGUUACCCAAGAUCAGGAGUUUCCGGCUCACCGUUCUGUCCUGGCGUCCUGUAGCUCCUACUUCCACAAGCUCUUCACAUCAGGGGCUGCUGCUGACCAACAGAACAUCUACAACAUCGACUUUGUGGCGGCGGAAGCUCUGGGAGCUUUGCUGGACUUUGCCUACACGGCCACAUUGACAGUCAGUCACAACAGCGUGGCUGACAUCCUUGCUGCUGCGUGCCUCCUGGAAAUCCCACCUGUUCAGGACGUCUGUACACACCUGCUGGACACCAAAGUGCUCUCCCCGCCGGCGGGCAAUGAGCGAAGAAGUGAGAAUGGAGACGACGAGGGGAAAAGCAGAGAAGUCAAGGAGCAGGGGAACCAGAUUCGUGCCCGGGAAUACCUGGAGUACUUCCAGAGAGGGGUGCACUGGAGCAGCAGCUGCAGCACGCCAGAGCUCAGGGACCUACCCACACACCUGCACUUUAACCAUGGUAACGGGAGCACCCCCAGCAAUGGGGCUUCGGCUGGCCUCAGUGAGUACUACUCCCCACUGGCUCUUGCCUUGUCACAGUCCCAUACGCAGGAACCAAAGGAGGAGGACGAGGAGGAGGAGGAUGAAGAGGAUGACGAAGAGGCAGUUCAGGGCAAUGGAGGAAACUUGGAUUCAUCCUACUACCCUCCAUCUCAAAAUGGUCACUUCUACCUCCCCCCUGAGUCGCAGCAGGACACCAAAGGGGAGGACAGUUGUAGGGAGGUGAUGGGGAGAGAGAGGGGUUCAGCCAGUGCCCUCCUGCAACACAUGAUGAACUCUAUUGAGAGGCAGAAGAAGUCUGCAGUGACUGGGGAGGAACAGGGAGACGGGGACGAUCCCGACAUGGAAUUUUACUUGAAUUAUUUUAGCAGCACGCAGCACGAGGAUGCGGCCUCUGCUUCCGUAUCACAGGGAGUGCCGUCUUUGUGGCUAUCACGAGGCAGUACAGGCCAACACAGAGCCGUAGGGGAGAGAGGUAACGGGGCUGGUGGAGGUGGAGGGGAGAGGAAGAUGCGCUCUAAGGCCUUCCAGAAGUGCCCCAUAUGCUCGAAGGUCAUUCAAGGUGCAGGCAAGCUACCCCGCCAUAUCAGGACGCACACGGGAGAGAAACCCUAUGAAUGCGCCAUCUGCAAAGUGCGCUUUACCAGACAGGACAAGCUCAAGGUUCACAUGCGGAAGCAUACAGGAGAGAAGCCUUACCUGUGCACACAAUGUGGAGCUGCCUUUGCUCACAACUACGACCUGAAGAAUCACAUGCGCGUGCACACCGGCUUGCGUCCUUAUCAGUGCUCAAGCUGCUUUAAGACUUUUGUACGUUCAGAUCAUCUGCAUCGCCACCUUAAGAAGGACGGCUGCAACGGAAUCCCCUCCCGCCGAGGCAGGAAACCUCGGGUGAGGGAGCCAGGGCUCCUGGAGGCCACCCCAGGUUUUCUCGGUCCCGACACUGGGACUGGGCCUCGAAUCGUCAAGGGGCGACGGCGUUCCGAGGCGUCCACUGGUGCAGAGGUGGAGUGUGCUGCUGGAGUGCAUUCACACAGUCCUCAGCUGCAGGAGCUAUCAGGGGAGGCAGGGCCCUGAGACUGCCGGGGCGACGAGGACGCUGCUGGACGCCACGUUCGCUCUGCACAGCCUGUGAGACAGGCCCGUGAACGGAGGGGGAGAGAAACAAAAACAUGCAACGGCAAUUUAAAAUAAAAAGACAGAACAACUAACUAUUCCUCUAAAAACCA